AUGUUAAAGGUAUCGACAAACGUAUACGGUACCAUCCUCACUAGGAGGUUUCUCAAUCGCAUGGUGACGUUUUCAAUCGGUUUCGCAGGGACAUACGCGUUCACGAACCCAGAUUUGGACCGAAUUUGGGAGGUUCACCCGGCCUUUGAGCAAAAGAGCUACGCCUUUGUCAAUUUCUACCAGGUGGCUCCGGAGGAUUCCGACCAUUUCGAGAAGAACAUCAAGUGCUUGACCAGGUUCCUCCAGACCCAGGAAGGCUAUGGGUAUACACGAGUGCUACGAUUGGACAAGGACGCCAAAGGGCCGCUGGCAAACUACCAGUACGUGGGCAUCCAGACGUGGUUCAACGCUGACCUCAUGAAAAAGGCUCUGGACUCCACUAUCUCGCAGAAGAUUAUCGCAAACCUGCGCCUGAAGAACCCAUACAACUCGAUAAUGUACAAAAUUAUGGUCGACGACUCCUCCUUCGUCCCGAACUAA